CGGGGCCCCGGCGCGCCCCGCUCCCGCCGCCCCCCGCCCGCAGGUGCAGGGGGCUGGCGCUCGGCAGCUGGAAAGAGCUGGUUGGAGUUUGCACUUUAGGCUCCCGGCGGGGAGGGAGCCGGGGCUGGGAGCUGGUCCGGGCGCCCGGCGCCGCGGGAGGAUGGCGCGGUGGCUGCGGCCCCUCGUGGGAGCCCUGCUGCUGCUCGAGGGGGCGGCCGCCCUCAGCUUCCUCCACCAUCGCUACGAGGAGCUGGUGCAGGCCCUGUUCCGCGUGCAGAGCCAGUGCCCCUACGUCACCCGCAUCUACAGCAUCGGCCGCAGCGUCGAGGGCCGGCACCUCUACGUGCUGGAGUUCAGCGAUUACCCGGGCAUCCACGAGCCCCUGGAGCCAGAGUUCAAGUAUGUUGGGAACAUGCAUGGGAACGAGGUGCUGGGCCGUGAGCUGCUGCUGCAGCUCUCUGAGUUCCUGUGCGAGGAGUACCGCCGGGGCAACGAGCGGAUCACGCGCCUCAUCCACGACACGCGCAUCCACAUCAUGCCCUCCAUGAACCCCGACGGGUACGAAGUGGCUGCCAAGCAGGGCCCCGACAGCAACGGGUACUUGACAGGGAGGAACAAUGCCAAUGGAGUGGACUUGAACCGCAACUUCCCUGACCUCAACACACUCAUGUACUACAGCAGGGAAAUCAGCGGGCCAAAUCACCACAUCCCGCUGCCUGACAACUGGAAAAGCCAGGUGGAGCCAGAGACACUGGCUGUGAUCCAGUGGAUCAGCAGCUACAACUUUGUGCUCUCGGCCAAUCUGCACGGUGGAGCAGUGGUGGCAAAUUACCCCUAUGACAAGUCGCAGGACCAGCGGUUCAGGAGCCACCGGCGCACGGUGAACACGCCUACCCCUGAUGAUAAGUUGUUUCAGAAGCUGGCCAAGACCUACUCAUACGCCCACAGCUGGAUGCACCGGGGCUGGAACUGUGGGGAUUACUUUGCUGAUGGCAUCACAAAUGGGGCAUCCUGGUACUCACUCAGCAAAGGCAUGCAGGACUUCAAUUACCUCUAUACCAACUGCUUUGAAAUCACCCUGGAGCUAAGCUGCAAUAAGUUUCCCCCUGAGGAGGACCUGGAGCGGCAGUGGAUGGCCAACCGGGAGGCCCUUGUUGCUUUCAUUGAAGAGGUUCACCAGGGCAUCAAAGGGAUGGUGUCAGAUGAGAACAACAACGGCAUUGCAGGAGCAGUGAUUUCUGUCCAGGGAAUCAGCCAUGACGUCACCUCUGGUGAUAUGGGGGAUUAUUUCCGGCUGCUGCUGCCUGGUACUUACACUGUCACAGCCUCUGCAGAGGGGUACCAGCCCCUGACAGUCACAACAACAGUGGGCCCAGCUGCACCUUCACUGGUGCAUUUCCAGCUCAAACAAGAAGUGGUGAGGAAGCCUGCGGAGCGUAAAGCCUCAGGCACACGUAUGAACAACAAAGCCCUUCAGAAGAAGGUCGUGCCAAGAGCCACCCGCCGGGGGACCCAAAGAUGAGAACAGCUCAUUUGGCUGAGAGCUGGGGAAGCUGUUUACAUGAGGCCUGAUGACUCCAGCCAGUGAACUUUCCAACAGUCCAGCAUGAAACUAGCCCAAAUUAUUAGGUUAUUAAACAAGGAAGUAUUUA